AGAUUACGAGGAACACUACAUAUAUUUACAUACACACACUGAGCACCAUCGCAGCGGUUAGUGUAGUUUCAAGUCUCCUAACCCAAAACCGAAAGGAAGAAAGGAGGUAGAGCACAUGCGGAGAGCCAUGGCGACGCGUCCUCGCCUCCUCCUCUCCGCUCUAAACCCUAACCUUUUCACUCCCAAAACCCUGACACCUCUCCAUUCUCUUCCAUCCUCGCCGCGCCCUCCUCCUCCGACAAGGAGUUCGCCCAUAUCUCUCUGCGUUCGCUCCUCUUCCUCUUCUGCUACUCCGUUGCUCACCUCUCCUCCCCCCCCUCCUCCUCCUCCUCCGAGCCCUUCUAAUGGCGUGGAUUUGAAGCCCUACCUCGGCUGCUCGGCGGCGGGGGAGCGGGGACUCCGGGUGGCUGUCCUCCUCAGCGGCGGCGUCGACAGCAGCGUCGCCCUCCGCCUCCUCCACGCCGCCGGCCACCGCUGCACCGCCUUCUACCUCAAGAUCUGGUUCCAGGAAGACUUCAGAAACUUUUGGUCUGAAUGCCCAUGGGAUGACGAUUUGAAGUAUGCAACUGCUGUCUGUGAUCAGAUUGAUGUGCCUUUGGAGGUUGUCCAUCUAUCAGAUGAAUACUGGAACAAUGUGGUUUCUCACAUUAUAACUGAGUACCGUAGUGGCCGUACUCCGAAUCCUGAUGUUCUGUGUAAUACAAGAAUCAAGUUUGGUGCUUUUCUAGAAGCCAUUGAAAAUAUGGGGUUUGAUUAUAUUGCUUCUGGACAUUAUGCUCAUGUUAUUCACUCAUUGCCCAAGCUGGGAGAUGAGCCAUCUGUGCUAAAAUUAUCACAAGACAUGGUCAAGGAUCAAACAUAUUUUCUCUCACAUUUAUCUCAGUUUCAGCUUAAAAGGCUUCUUUUUCCACUUGGCUGCAUGCAAAAGGAUAAAGUGCGUAGGUUAGCAACUAUGCUGGACCUACCGAAUAGGGACCGGAAGGACUCUCAAGGAAUAUGUUUCCUUGGAAAGGUCAAGUUCAGUGAGUUUGUUGCAAAGCAUAUAGGAGAGAUGGAAGGAGUACUACUUGAAGCUGAGACGGGAGAUUACUUGGGUAAACACCGUGGCUUCUGGUUUUAUACUAUUGGUCAGCGCCAAGGCCUCCGUCUUCCUGGUGGACCCUGGUAUGUUGUUGAAAAGGAUGCUCAAAACAAUGUGGUUUUUGUUUCGAGAAAUUAUUUUUCAUUGGAUAAGAGGAGGCGCACAUUUCAUGUUGGAUCUUUAAAUUGGUUCAGUGGUUCACCACCCGCAAAUAAUCGUCAGCUUCAAUGCAAGGUGCGACAUGGCCCUGGCUUUUACAAUUGCACAAUAACCAAAGAGUCAAUUGAAGAUGAUAAUAAAGACUCCUUGGUGGUGCAUUUAUCCGAGGAUGACCAGGGUUUAGCCGCGGGUCAGUUCGCUGCCUUCUACGAUGGUGAUGUCUGCAUAGGCUCGGGUAUAAUUUUGGACUCAUGGGACGAGAAGUGCUUUCCCAUUUGUGAAAGGGCUUUAGAACUCGCUAAGAUGGAAGACAAGUCCAAACUUGGAAAGCCAGUGAGGAUAAUGAAUUUGGAAAGACAAUGAAAGGAAAGAAUAAACCCUGUGGGACCUCAGAACAGUUUCUGGAUAGAGAUACGGAUAUCGAAGCGGUCGCCAUGGCAUCUUUGAGCUAUUGUUUUGGAUAUUUUGGCAUUUUCUCGAAGCUUUCAUGCACCUUGCUCGAGAAGUUAUAUUGAAGAUGCACCUAUGGCCCUGGGCUUUGAUGUGUCGUUCUGGAGAAAAGCUGUUCGAUGGUACAUUCGCUGACGAAAAAAGCAAUUGUUGUUAUGCCAGGGUUCAGACUAUCUGCCUUUCCGAACAUUACAGCGAAUUUAUUGGAAGUUCAAAAUGACAACUGACCUAAACCGAUGAUGGGCAUGAACAUUUCACUCUGUUUCUUUCAUGGGAUCUAAUGUUGUAACAAAAUGUUCUCUAUGUUGGUUUUGAAUCUUUUGAAGGGACACUGAUUCAAGGAUGUCACUUGCUUUACGUGAGACACCCAUAUAGUUUUUCGUCUGGAAAACCUUUUAAACAUCUUAGAAUUCAUUAAUAUUCGUACAGAAAUUCCUCCAAAUAGGGGCUUGUAUCUUCUACUGUGGCUCGGGCACCGGUUUCAUAAUUAUUCUUGUAAACUUCAUAUUAUAAUCUUAUUAUGUGGUUAUCAAUC